AUGCCUAUACCUCCAUCAGCCGACAUCUCAGUCAAACUUCAGUCACUCUCUGAUCAGCUUGAUCAGUCGGAGCACGCCAGGGAUAAGGAAAUCGCCUUGGUCAAAUAUUUACAGGCCCACCUCGAGGCUGAUAAAGAUCACACUACGCUGAAACUGCUACCUAGUGCAUUGGGGACUCCAGAUGGUGAUGGUCGUGGUGAAACUCGAGAGUCGACGAUAUUGUCGGACAUCAUUAGGAAACACAAUCUCGGCCAGGCAUACUUGGACUGGGUGUUCACAUAUCUUCAACCCACGGCCGCCGACAAUAAACCGCUUGAAAGACUGCCUUGUGCAAACGUCAAAGCUGAAGAGAACUGGGGAUGUCGAAAUGACGGAAAGCUGACGUGUGGUGAGUGUCACCUGGUCUCUUAUUGUUCAAAAGAAUGCCAGCGAACCCACUGGCGCGUUCAUAAACGGGAUUGUAAGGACCCCAUCCGCUCGCCAACAUGGCAGCCAGCAUGGAUCCGCGAAAUGCGGGACCCGACAUAUGUGACAAGUUCCACCGAGUGGAAAAUACCUCAAAAAGAGGCGCAGUUUGCUUUGGGUCUGCACAUAUGGGGCAAUAUUCCCGCAUUCGAUACUCUCAAUCUUCCAAAAAACGAGGGUGCAUCUGGGAACUUACCGAAUCUUAGUCUAGCUUAUGUUGCAUCCGGGGACCUUCGGAAUGUGGUCCGAACUGUCAAUGAGCUGCCAGAUGAUUAUUCGGGAGAGUUGACUAUCGUCUUGAACGAUCGGGAACCAAUGAUAGUCCUUAGAAACAUGCUACUGCUUAUGAUCUUGGGCACCAUGACCGACGAAAUUGGAAUAGCUCAAGCAGCAGAUGUAGCACUCCACCUUUGGGGCUCUACUUUCAUCCGAGGGGAAGAUCAAAUCGUUCAUGCAAAGGCGAUCAUGCAGUUAACUGGUUUGAUCAGAGGACAAGAUUUGUUCUCGUUACGACUCGGCGAAAAUUCUAUCAUGGCUGGGAAAAUGACGGCACAAGUUGUGGGGGUGCUGGCUCAAGCAAUGAAGUUUGACCUAGACGUCAAUGAUGCCAAUGCUGAAAUCCGGUUUGAGCCAACGCGAGAAGACAGGCAUCAUCGCGGGUAUUGCCGCCUGAAGCCAUCUCAUCGUCUUGCAUCGUUGGAAUUUCGUCGCUUUGGAAUUGUACUCCCCUUUGGCGCUGCAAACAACCAUUUCAAUACACCAAACAAGUACCUCUUCUCUUCUUCCGGCCGUUGGCUGCAAGAUGAUCUGGCCACUCCCCUUGAAUCGUGGAACAUUGAGGAUGUCAUCGCCGCUGGGAAAGCCCAUGGGGCGCAAUCCUCCGACCUCUAUGGUUGUUUAUACUUUUAUUUUUCUGGACAGUUACGGUCAUUCGCGGAACGUAUCAGGAAAUUUAAAAUAUCCUUCCGUAUGUUCAACCAGGACGCACGAGAGCUGGCAAAAAACAUCCAGUCUGGCACGUAUACGUCUCAGGGCCUUCCAAAGAACACCACCUUUGACCGAAUCGAUGUUUCCAACAUCAUUGACGCUGAGUACCUCGGGAUAUCGAACGUUCUGGCCGAGUUCUCCCCAUUAUUGAAUAAAGCCAACCAAUGCGCGACUAUCAUUGGAUAUUCAAUGAACUGGGUCCCGAAGCAACACAACAGUGGACCCGGUCCUGCGGAGGUGGGAAAACUUAUGAGGCAAUUGAUACAAAUGGGAAAGGGAAUUAUUUUCAAAUAUUUGGAAGCAAUUCAUGACAAUUCCACUGCGUUUCAUCAGUAUCUCGCAAAACAAGGAACUGAGGAAGCGGCUCGCAAAGCAGGCGUUAAGCUGAAAUCGAAACAUAGCAUUGUACCGCAUCGGAUCGGUGCUCCGAUUGAUGGACCACCAAAUGGGCUGCCUGAAUUCAAGACCGACGACAGUUGGUAUUGGAAUGUAAGUUGCAGGAUGUAA